AUGGCUCUACAUGGUGUGUGCGACAUAGGAUCUAUUAUUAAAGAUAUCAACAUUCGUAAAGACCUACAGAAUAUCAUCAUUACGGUACUCAAUGAUCUGGCGAAAAGAAAUGAUGUCACUUGCAUCACGGCAAUUACUGAUGAUAUCUACCUAAAUGUCUUUGACGGGGGAUUGUUUAAGAGAACUACGCCUUUGCCUUUUCUGACGAUUGUUGUUCGAGAAAAUGAGGAUUUACUUUCACCAAACUUCGAUACGUUGGAAUCCAUUUCUCGUGCGAAAGAUGAUGGUUGCAACGUGUAUGUGAUUUUAUUGGCUAAUGGCUUACAAGUAACGAGACUUUUAAAAUUUGGGGACAGAUAUCGACUUCUCAAUACACGAGCUAAAUUUAUACUGCUUUACGACAUAAGACUUUUCCAUAGCGACUUCCACUACUUAUGGAAGCGUAUUGUGAACGCAAUUUUCAUAAAACACCACAAGAAAGUCAUUGGAAAGUUGAAAAGCAAACCUUGGUUUGACAUAUCUACCGUUCCAUACCCAAACCCGAUUAAGGGAGUGUUUGUACCACGUAGGGUUGAUAUUUGGAGAAACGGCAGGUUUCAGUAUGGAAAAGAGUUGUUUUUUGUUAAGACAAGUAAUUUAAAUGGUGAAAUUUUGAAUGUUGUUUACUUGGAACAUGUUCCGUCGGUGGUGAUUAUGCAACAAAAUGUGUCUAAUAAGGUCAGCGGUGUGGAGGUUGAGAUUCUCAAUACACUAUCCCAAAAAAUGAACUUCAGACCAAAUUUAUACCAACCAAUUAACGCCGAUGUUUACAAAUGGGGCGAGAAGCAAGCAAAUGGAUCCUACUCUGGACUGUUAGGUGAAAUGGUCAGUGGGAAGGCUGAUGUUGCCCUGGGCAACCUUCAGUAUACUCCUUAUCAUUUGGACUUGUCAGAUUUGAGCAUUCCCUACACGUCGCAAUGUUGGACUUUCCUCACGCCAGAGGCCCUUACAGACAAUUCGUGGAAAACAUUAAUUUUACCAUUUAAAUUAAACAUGUGGGUAGCCGUUCUCCUAGUUCUGCUGGUGACAGGAUCAAUAUUUUUUGGGCUAGCACACUUUUACUUGAAUUUGAUUACGUUUCGUGAGGAUUUAAAAGAUUCCCGUCAAGUUAAUAAGGAGAAAUCACAAGGUCAAAAACCAGUUGGCUUGUAUUUGUUCGGCGAAAUUACAAAUAGCAUUCUUUAUACAUAUGGAAUGCUUGUAGUCGUGUCUUUACCUAAGUUACCUACUGGCUGGUCAAUAAGGUUAUUAACUGGCUGGUAUUGGCUAUACUGCAUUUUGUUAGUAGUAUCAUACAGAGCAAGCAUGACUGCUAUUCUAGCAAACCCAGCGCCAAGAGUCACCAUUGAUAAUUUAAACGAAUUGGUUGAUAGCAAACUGAAAUGCGGAGGCUGGGGUAGCGAAACAAAGAAAUUUUUUCAACAAUCAUUAGAUGAGAAAGGCCAAAAAAUCGGAGAUAAUUUUGAACAUAUUAAUGAUCCUUGUGAAGCUGCAACUCGUAUAGCCCGUGGCGUAUUCGCCUAUUAUGACAGCUCAGAUUUUUUAAAGUACCUUAGUGUGAAGAGAAAAAAAGCAAGCACAAUCAUGGAUGUUGGCAAUUUUACUAUGAAUAGCACAGAGGUGGAUGGUCAAGGUGAAAGAAAUCUCCACAUUAUGUCGGACUGUGUUGUUAAUGCACCAAUAUCUAUAGGUUUUCAUAAGAAUUCUCCUUUGAAGCCUUUAGUAGAUAUUUAUUUAAAACAAAUAAUUGAAGUUGGUCUUAUUGAGAAAUGGCAAAAUGAUGCUAUGUACAAAAUAAGGACUUUAGACACUAGUGAGGAAGAAAUUAAGGCUUUAAUUAAUUUGAAGAAAAUGUAUUGUGCCUUUAUCGCUUUAGCCAUUGGUUACACCAUUAGUACUCUUUGUUUACUAUGUGAAUAUGCACACUGGAAUUUGGUUGUUAAAAGGGACCCUACAUUUGAUAAAUAUAAUUUAGAUGAGUAUUAUAAGAGUAAAAAUAAA